AUGGCCCGCCGUUCGACCUUGGUGUGCUCCCAUCCAACUCGAGAGCCGACGCGAUCCGGCACGAGGAUGUGGUACGAGUUGAAGGUUCUGCAACAACCUGAGCGUGCGCGUGCAUGCGGAUCUGGUCAGAAGUCCGCCGCCGACAGACGUCCCGUCGAUCCUCCCCCCUUGCACGUCUACGAGGGACCUACCAGAGCCGAAGCUACCGACAUCACUUUCAACUAUCGGGCCAACUUCUUCCUCUAUGCUGAGCUGACGCCCGCGCGCCCCAUGGCUCAUGGACGCGUUCAAACUCCUGCGGCAACUUCACCUCCCGUACUGACUGGUAUGCCGGUUUCGGAGGCAGGUUACUUCCUGUUCCCCGACCUUUCGGUCCGACGCUACGUCUUAGCCUUCCACCUGGCGGAGGAUCGGGAGCCGGGCGGCGACGCGGAUGAUGAGGACGAGAAUCCCUGCUUCCAGUACAGAAUGGCUGUCAACGCAAAGAAGUUCCCUGGUCUCACCGAGAGCACCAACCUGAGCAAGACUAUCUCCGAGCAGGGAUGCCGCGUGCGUAUUCGCCGUGACCCCACAGGAAACGAGUUCGACACCAACCCCGAAAACGAGUUCAGGAGCACGGCGAGGAGAACACAGACGCCAGAGAUUCGCAGCAAUGCAGAACAGUCGACGAGUAACAGCAGUGAGCACCGCGCCGCGUACCCGCCUGCUCCGGAACGCAAACCAUCUCUCAUUGAGAACUUCAAAGCCGAGACUUUCCAGGCGCCGCCACCACCGCCGCCGCCGCCCAUGUCAUACGGCCCAGCCCCCUCCACCAAUGUUCACCUGCGAUUCGGAUCUGAUGCAUCGACGCAGCCGCCGCCCAUUUCUCCCACCACGGCCUCCUACGGCUACUCGAGCAGACCCAGCUCCCACAACCCGCCUCCCACGCCUCGCGAUUCGUACGACAGACGGCCGUCUGCCAUGAUGGUGCCCCCUUCUCCUUCUGUGUACGGUCCGGGACCAAGGGACCACGACAUGACCAGGCGCGAUUCGGACUACAGGAGAGAUUCUCUUCCUCCUCGCCAGCUUGCUCCCGUUUCCGAUCUUCCGCACAUGGGCACCAAACUCCCGCCUAUGCUGCCCUCUAUUGAGAAGCUCACUGCUCCUCCCAUGACGGGUCACUCAGAGUUCAUUGAGGCCGCUCCUCCUAGCUCUCACAACCCCGUUUACGAGCCAGCCCGCGCAGGCACCAAGCGUGGCUACGGAGAUACCUUCAUCGACAGCCAGCGUCCCCUGUACGACAGGCAACGCCCGCAAGAUCCCCACCAUAACAGCGCUCACUACAAUCACCGCUACGUUGUGCAAGACCCUCUAGAGUAUAAGCGUGCCGAUGGCACAUUUGGCGUGAAGCCGGCAAACGAUUACUACAAGAUUGUCAACCCGCAAUGA